AUGAGGCCUGUACUGGGAAGACUGUGUCCACCCCUCAAUCUGUCCCUGGCCCCCUCUCCAUGGUCGGGUCAGGGCAUGACGCAGCAGUCAGGGGACGGGGAGAACAGAACCCUAGGGAUGUGGCGGGGCUCGGGGAAGGACACACAUGCGGACGUGUGUGGACAACCCAGGGGUCCUGUGGGCAGACCCGGGCUACACCCGCAUCUGCCACAGCUCAAGCUCCCGCCCCAGCCAGCCCUGGACCCAGGCGUUCUGCCCCCUGCUCUGACCCCGCGUGGCCCCCACCUCUGGCGACCCCUCACGCACACACCCCCACCCCCACACACGCACGCACACAUGCUGAUAAUAGCCCCGACCCCCAGCUGGAGCCGCACAGUCCCCGAGCCAACCCUGGCCGCUCGCUUCGCCGCUCCUUCCUCGCGGACCCUGGCCGGGGGCACUACGCUCGCUGUCCUCCGACCCCUGGCUCGGCGGCCGGGACGUGCCCGAGCCCCCAGCACAGUGACCCCCUCCUUCCAGCCAGUGGGGCUAGCUUUGCCCCGCCAAGCUUCCCGGGAUGCGGGUUCCCGGCAUAGGCGCCGGCCGAGCCCCAGGUCACUGAGGGAAUAUCCUACUCUGUUGCUACUCUUGCCCUUGCUACUGUUUCCUCCGGGCCCCCCAGUCCUGGGCUCCCCACCACGCCUCAUCUGUGACAACCGGGUCUUGGAGCGGUACAUCCUCGAGGCUAAGGAGGCUGAGAACGUCACGGUGGGCUGUGCUGAGGACUGCAGCUUGGGUGAGAAUAUCACCGUCCCAGACACCAAGGUUAAUUUCUAUGCCUGGAAUAGGAUGGAGGUCAGCCAGCAGGCCAUGGAAGUUUGGCAGGGCCUGGCCUUACUUUCAGAAGCUAUCUUUCGGGGACAAGCCUUGUUGGUCAACUCCUCUGGGCCUUCGGAAAUCCUGAAGCUUCACAUGGACAAAGCUGUCAGUGGCCUACGCAGCCUCACCUCCCUACUUCGGGCACUGGGAGUGCAGAAGGAAGCCACCUCCGUUCCAGAUGCAGCCUUAGCUUCUCCACUCCGAACAUUCACUGUGGAUACUUUGUGCAAACUUUUCCGAAUCUACUCCAAUUUCCUCCGGGGAAAACUGAAGCUGUACGCAGGGGAGGCCUGCAGGAGAGGGGACAGGUGA